AUCUAGAUGACAGAGAAACCCUCGUUUCGGAACAUAAGCACAAAGGGGAAACUUGUCGUCAGUCUGCUGCUGUUUUUAAUGUUGUCAACUCGAUUAUAGGAUCUGGUAUCAUAGGAUUGCCUUAUUCGAUGAACCAAGCUGGCUUUCCUCUGGGAAUAUUGCUUCUAUUUUGGGUUUCAUAUAUCACAGACUUUUCCCUUGUUUUAUUGAUAAAAGGAGGGGCCCUCUCUGGAACAGACACUUACCAGUCUUUGGUCAAUAAAACUUUUGGCUUUCCAGGAUAUCUCCUACUCUCUGUUCUACAAUUUUUGUAUCCUUUCAUAGCUAUGAUAAGUUAUAACAUAAUAACUGGAGAUACUUUGAGCAAAGUUUUCCAAAGAAUCCCUGUAGUUGAUCCUGAAAACUUGCUUAUUGGUCGCCAUUUCAUUAUUGUGCUUUCCACCAUUGCCUUUACUCUGCCUUUGUCCUUGUAUCGAGAUAUAGCAAAGCUUGGAAAGAUCUCUCUUGUUUCCACAGUUUUAACAACUCUGAUUCUUGGAAUUGUAAUGGCAAGGGUAGUUUCACUGAGUCCACACAUACCAAAAACAGAAGAUGCCUGGAUCUUUGCAAAACCCAAUGCGAUUCAGGCUGUAGGUGUGAUGUCGUUUGCAUUUAUUUGCCACCAUAACUGCUUCUUAGUUUAUGGUUCUUUGGAAGAACCCACAGUAGCUAAGUGGUCCCGCAUCAUCCAUGUGUCCACUUUGAUUUCCGUAUUUAUCAGUAUUCUCUUUGCUACAUGUGGAUACUUAACGUUUACCAGCUUCACCCAAGGAGACUUAUUUGAAAAUUAUUGCAGAAAUGAUGACCUGGUAACAUUUGGAAGGUUUUGUUAUGGCGUCACUGUCAUUUUGACGUACCCAAUUGAAUGCUUUGUGACCAGAGAGGUAAUUGCCAACGUGUUUUUUGGUGGGAAUCUUUCACUGUUUUUCCACAUAAUCAUAACAGUGAUUAUCAUCACUGUAGCCACACUGGUGUCAUUGCUGAUUGAUUGCCUUGGAAUAGUUUUAGAGCUUAAUGGUGUGCUGUGUGCAGCUCCCCUGAUUUUUAUCAUCCCAUCAGCAUGUUAUCUGAAACUGUCUGAAGAACGGAGGACACACUCAGAUAAGAUUAUGUCGUGUGUCAUGCUUCCUAUCGGUGCUGUGGUGAUGAUUGUUGGGUUCGUCAUGGCCGUCACAAACCCUCAAGACUGCACCCACGGGCAGGAGAUGUUCUACUGCUUUCCCGACAAUUCCUCCCUCACAAACAUCUCAGUGUCUCACUUUCAACUGACAACACAACCUCCCAUUCUAAACAUCAGUACCUUUCAGUGAGGUGACUGCUUUAAAAGACAUGGAUUUUUCGUAGACUUUUAAACUGCAUAAUAACAUUAACACAUGUUUUAGUCUCUAUAUUAUACAGUUGUUACUGGGGCAUUGGUGAAGACUUGGUUUUCUUUACUCUUUAGUCCAGUGUAAAAAUUAAAAAGGCAAAGAAAAUUGAAUUUUUUAUCUUAAACUGGGACAAAAUAAACGCUUUAAUGCACUGCACUAACUAAUCUUAAAUGCAGAAGGAAGAGUGAAGCCUCUGGCAUUUGCUGCCGUCCUCUCAAAGCAUUAUUCUCUAUGUAAUAUGUGAGCUAAUAUAUUGUCUAAAAUAAGUGGAUGGUUGUGGGUUGGAAUUUUGUGUAUGUGUCCUUUAUGAGAAAAAUGUGCUUUUUGUCUUUUAAAGUCUGUGUAAUCAAAGGGAAGGAAAACUCAAAGCUAUUAAUGAGACUAGACAUCUCAGGAGCAAAGUAAGCUCUCCAUUAUAAUUUCAGCUGCAUUCCUUGUUUAGAGGGUACUGGAUCCCUGGAGAAAUAAGUAAACUUCUUCCCAUGUUACGAAGCAUGAAUAAUAGACUGGAUGUAGAGAGUAAGGUGUGUGAGGAAUCAAAACUACCUCUCAGGUUUUGAUCCUGUGGGAAUAUGAUGGUAGUGCCAUUAAAUAUAUUAUAAAGCAAGGAAAAACCAUAAGAUGUUGUGAGGCACAAGCUCAAGAGAUCAGUUAUGCAUCAGCUUUGCACCUGUUGAAUGUGAAGUGCUGGCAUGAAUUAUCGUCGGAAGCUGAGCUCUAGACUGGAAGCUUGCAGGAAGAAUCAGGGCUACCAAAGUGGCAUUCUCACUGCUCCUGGGGAUCCUCGAGAUUCCUGGGAGCUCUUGUUAACUAGGUUCUCCAGAAGCAGACAUUAAGACAGAGUUUGGCAUGGGGGCUAUAUAUGAGGGAUUAUAAAGGAAGGAGGGAGAAAAUGGGAGGGAGGGGGAAGCGGGAUUGGGCAAGGAACACGGAACUUCAGUGCAGGCUGACAAAGCCUCUGUCAAGUCCGCAAGGAGUCUCGAGCAUGCAUGGCCCCUCAGAUUUGUCCCAGUUCAAAUGAAAUAGCCAAGUUUUCAUACCGCUGCCUCCAUCAGUCCUUGAAUGUGGGCAGCUCUUUGCAGCUGAGCAAACCCUAAAGGAACUGAGAGCUGAAGGUGGUCUGCUGGUGGCUGGGGCACCAUUGCUUCUUUGUAGAGGAUUCGGGAGGCACAGCUGUGUCCUCCACAGCUUGCCUCAUUUUAUAAUGAGGAUUUUUUAUGUCUCUUAAUGAGCUUUCAUGUUUUCAUAUCUAUGACAAUUUUUUCAAAGUCACAAGAAAAUUUGGAACCAUCUGCGUGGCUCCCUUAAAUCAAGUAUCAUCCAAGAUUUCACUUCUCACCUUUCAUUUGUAUUUCAAUCAAGUUGGCAAUCCAUAGUACUGUAUUAGUUGUUGUCAAAUCAUGAGAAAAUAUCACCAGCAGAGCUAAUACACAUGUAAUGUGUUUGUACAAAUCACAGGCAAAAAAAGAAAAAUAAUCCCACAGGAUCUGUAGAAGGAUAGUUUCACAGCAGUUGGAAUAAAGAAGUGGUGAGAGCUGAGUUGUCAUGUGACUCCCAAUAAGAAAGGCCUAUUGAAAGCUCCCUUUGCAGGGCCACGCUCAGGCUUUGAGUGGUGAUACUUGCUUCAACAAAACAUCAUCCAUGCCACUAAAUUAAUUUAAAUUCUGUUGGCUGUAUAGCUUUUCUGUAUUUAAUCUGUAGAACUGUGGGUUUUUUAUAGUCAUUUAAGAAUCAUAAGGUUAAGUAAUUCAUGUCCAUUUUUAGACUGAUACAUGUUUUGGUAAAGUAAUAAUAAUAAUUCAUUAUCAUUUCAUUCCCUCCUGGCAGAAUAUGAGACAUUUUUGCAGCUGUCCAUCCCUACAUUACUCAGGACUGAGAAACACUGACCCACAUAGUUGUUAGAUAAAGUCAUGAGAGAUGAGAUUUGCAAGGGUGUACAAAGAGAAGUACGUCAAGGAUAACGUAAUUUAGUACUUAACCUUCUAUUAUCUUGUACUUUUGGUAUUGCUUCAGAUACAUUAACCUUGACUGAAGUAAGUGAAAAGCUCCUGAUAGGAACUGAGUGAUGCAUUA